AAUUGUUAGGAUUUUACUGCAUCGGAAGUUCAGACUUCCUACUUUCCCCUGGGACAGUGAACGCAUCUGAACACAAGCUAGCUUGUUAGCGAGUUCGCAGAGAUGCUGCUAGCUGUGAGUAAAACAUUUGGCCAGAAACCCGUUAAAUUCCAGCUGGAAGAAGAUGGAGACUUCUACAUGGUUGGAUCGGAGGUGGGAAACUACCUUCGGAUGUUCAGAGGGUCGCUCUAUAAAAGAUAUCCAUCAUUAUGGAGGAGGCUGGCUUCUGUGGAGGAGAGGAAGAAAAUCAUGGCAUCAUCACAUGCCACCAGCGUGACGCUGCUGAAGGCCUCAGAGUGUGAGGAGAUCUUUGAGGGAAAUGAUGAGAAGUACAAGGCAGUGUCCAUCAGCACGGAGCCGCCGGCCUACCUCAGGGAGCAGAAGUCGAAGAGGAGCAGUCAGUGGGUUCCCACGUUACCCAACAGCUCCCAUCACUUAGACGCUGUUCCAUCUUCAACCACCAUCAACCGUAACCGGAUCGGACGGGACAAGAAGAGAACAUUCCCUCUGUGCUUCGACGACCACGAUCCGGCUGUGAUCCAUGAGAACGCGGCACAGCUGGAGACCCUGGUCCCCAUCCGACUGGACAUGGAGAUCGAUGGGCAGAAGCUGAGGGACGCCUUCACGUGGAACAUGAACGAGAAGCUGAUGACUCCGGAGAUGUUCGCAGAGAUCCUGUGUGACGACCUGGACCUGAACCCUCUGGCCUUCGUCCCAGCCGUGGCCUCGGCUAUCCGCCAGCAGAUCGAGUCGUAUCCCACCGACAGCCUCCUGGAGGAGCAGGCGGAUCAGAGAGUUAUCAUCAAGCUGAACAUCCAUGUGGGGAACAUCUCACUGGUGGACCAGUUUGAGUGGGACAUGUCUGAGAAGGAAAACUCCCCAGAGUCGUUUGCUCUGAAGCUGUGCUCGGAGCUUGGUCUGGGUGGAGAGUUCGUCACCACCAUCGCUUACAGCAUCCGUGGUCAGCUGAGCUGGCACCAGAGGACUUACGCCUUCAGUGAGAACCCCCUCCCCACCGUAGAGAUCGCCAUCAGAAACACGGGCGAUGCAGACCAGUGGUGCCCCCUGCUGGAGACCCUCACAGAUGCUGAGAUGGAGAAGAAGAUUCGAGAUCAGGACAGGAACACCAGGCGAAUGAGACGGCUGGCCAACACUGCUCCCUCCUGGUAGAGACACAGCAGGACGUCCAUAAACCCCAACACAACCAGAACAUGGACUCGUGGACUGGGCCACCAACACCUCCAGAUGUUCUUCUGAUCCGUUUCAUCGUGGCUCUGCCUCAUCAUAUAUGUAGCAGCUGGUGGAGCUCUGACCAGCCUUCACACACACACACACACAUAGAAAUAAGCACACAUACACACAAAUACACACACACAUAUAGAAAUAAACACACAUACACAUAGAAAUAAACACACACACACACACACACACAUAGAAAUAAACACGUACACAUAGAAAUAGACACACACACACACAUAGAAAUAAACACACACACACACACACACACAUAGAAAUAAACACGUACACAUAGAAAUAGACACACACACACACACACACACAUAGAAAUAAGCACACACACACACAAAUAUACACACACACAUAUAAACACACACACAUAGAAAUAAACACACACACAUAGAAAUAAACACACACACACACACACACACACAGAAAUAAACACACACACACACACAUAGAAAUAAACACACAUACACACAUAUAAACACACACACAGAAAUAAACACACAUAGAAAUAAGCACACACACACACAAAUACACACAUAUAUAAACACACACACACACAAAUACACCCACACACAUAGAAAUAGACAUACACAUAGAAAUAAACACACAUAGAAAUAAGCACACACACACAAAUACACACAUAUAUUAACACACAAAUACACCCACACACAUAGAAAUAGACAUACACACACACACAUAUAAAACACACAUACACAUAGAAAUAAACACACACACACAUAGAAAUAAACACACACACAAAUACACACACAGAAAUAAGCGCACACACACACACACACACACACACACACACACACACACACACACACACACACACACACACACACACACACACACAGAGAGUGAGCUUUAGGACUCCCCAGGUCUGAUCAGGUUCUGAUGAGUUCUCUGGUUCUGAUCCGUUCCGUGUGCUGGUGUAGACGUGUAGUCUGCCUCUUGUGACUCGGGUCCAGCAGAACCGAGUUCAUCAUGUCAGACCUUUCUUUUGUACAUUGUUUUAUAGUGGACUUGUUUUAUAUGAAAUAAACUCGUUGGAAAGAUGAA